GAGAGGCAGAGCGCGCGGAGCCCGGGCAAUGCAGUGACCCCGACUCUAAAACAACUGCUGCAGCAGCAAAAAAAGAGUGAAAUUUGCAAAAUAUUACAACAGUGCAACGACAGAGGGGGCGGCAGAUGUUUCUUACGGCUGCAUUGCAUUCCCUGCGGAAAAUCAGAUGAAAAUUUAAUUUGUAAUGGGGAGUUACUGACGCUGAGCUCUGAAACACACAGCACCGUUUCUUCAAUUCGCUGAGGUUUUGUUUUUAUUACUGUACUGUAUUUUUUUUAAUAAGUUGGAGCUUGGAAGGCAAAUGGUCUCAUUAAACCACAGUGAGCCACUGUGUAUUACUGACCUGCUGACACCUUCAGGGAGUGACUGUAGUGGACAACAUGGCGAAUUGGCAUCAAAUGCAUCAUUGCUGGAAGACGGUGGCAGUGAUGGAUGUAGCCCUCGAUCGUGUUCAAGCCCAGACUCCCAGGAUGCUAACUACAUCAGUGUCCACUCCAGCCUGCUGGAGAAAUAUAGCAUGUUGGGAAGGAUGUUGGUCUCAAAACUGGACCCGCAACAAACCACAGCCUCUGAAGGUUGUUCCGAGGUGUUUGAGGCACAGGUGAAAAUGCCUGACUUUAGCCCCACUUUGCCGGGGGACUUUAUUCCCACAUUAGAGGAAAUUGAAGAAUUCUUGAAAGAAAAAAUGGAAAUCGUCAAAGAUGGACUUGCGGAAAACAGUGCCACCACAGAAAUAAAAGUGGAGGUGAAAUCAGAAGCUUUGGGUGACUUUUCAUUAGAAUCCAAUGAAUGUUUUUUGUCGUCUUCAGACAGCACUGGGCUUGGAUCAGCUCCAGAGGUGACUGUCACAGCUGCGACUGGGAAUGUUCCCAUGAUUCUUCAGCUUCAGCCUGUCCACGUGCCUAGUGCAUGCCCAACCACACAAACUCCAAGCAGCGUCAAAUUGACUCAGUUCGUGGUUAAUGUCCAGGGCCAAGCCUUUGCCUUGGUGCCUCAGCGGGCACAGACUCCACCAAACACUACAACCCGCCAGUUUGUAAAAAUUGCACCCCUGCCAAUAGCAGCCAGGUCUGUGGCUGUUGGUAGCUUGGUGAAUGUGGUUGAGGCCACCCAGAAGCUUCAGAAAUCUGCUGAUGUAAUCAGAGUGCAUAAGUGCUCAUUCCCGGGAUGUAACAAGAUGUAUACCAAAAGCAGCCAUUUAAAGGCCCACUACAGGCGUCACACAGGGGAGAAACCUUACUCAUGCACUUGGCCAGAUUGUGGAUGGCGGUUUUCUCGUUCAGAUGAGUUAUCCAGACACAAACGCUCCCAUUCUGGAGUGAAGCCAUACCAGUGUCACAUCUGUGAGAAGAAAUUUGCCCGCAGCGAUCACUUAUCCAAACAUGUGAAAGUACAUCGGGGACUAAGAAAUGGCAGAAUAACUAGAACAGCCAGUUAACAUUUGGCUGUCUGUCUCCUUUUAUCGGAAAGUAUACCAGAGCCAUUGAACUGUAAAUGGAAUGUACAGAAGAUAUCACAAUUAUUAAUAUGUGUCCGUAGUCUUUGAAUGUGGGUGGGAAUGGGUUUUAACACUCAGUUUGAAAAGUUAUUUCUCGAAGUAACAAAUGAAUUGCAUUUCUAAUGUAAAUUUUACUCAUCCUCACUUCAUGACUUCAGAAAGGUUGGUUGGUUCAUAUUUAUCAUUGUAGUAUCGACUCUUUGGGCUGAUGAGAUGUCAGUGUAGAGAAAUCAAUGUCAAGGACUCCACAGGUAAAUAUAACAUGGGAUUGAUGAGAUAUAGAUGGGAGAUUUGAGAAUUUCUUUAUGCAAUAAGUUGUUUAUAAUUUGGAAUUCCUGAAAGGGUGUAGAUUCACAAGUAGCUUUCAAAAGAAAAAGGUUGAAUGAGUAUCUGAAGAAGAGAAAAUGGUAGUGAAGGAACAACUUAGUGUGAAUAAUUUGGAUAACUGUUUAAAGAGCUGGCACAGGCAGGAUGAUCUGAAUGUUCCCCUCUGUGCUGUAGGUACAAUAGUUUAUUAGUAACUAAGCCAGUUCCAUAAUCAAUUGUUCCCCUGAGGUACCAUCAGCAAUGCAACAAAUGUGAAGGUUACCACACAGGCACUUCAAGAGUAUUGUGCAUGCAAGGGUUCACUGCUCGCAAUCCACAGGAUUAGCGUUUAAGUUUGAUAAUAGAUGGUCACUACUGGAGAAGCAUAAAAGAAUAAUAAGUUGUGAAAUUGAAUUCGAAAUAUCGGCUCAUUUUCAGCUAGUGUCUGGAAUAGUAAACCACAUUCUAGCUUACACAUGACUGCAGUUUCACACUGUGCUGUGGAUGGAUGUGUUGUCCCAGUCGAAGUGGUGUCCUUCCUCAUCUGUUUGUAAAGGUACUAGUUUGUCCGACAUACAUUGGAAAAACAGGCAGAAAACUAGCCACCAGGAUACAUUAACAUCAACUCACCACAAAAAGACAUGACUCAUUCUCACUAGUAUCCUUACACAUCCAUCCUAAGACAAGCCAAAUAGAGACACACACUUGAGAAUUCCUAGAAGCAUGGCAUUCCAACUGGAAUUCUAUCUACAAAUACAUUGACCAGCCCCUGAGAAAAAGAACAGGAAGUGACAUCACCAGCCCAAGGAAACCUGAACACAAAUAGAAGGUGAGCUAUACCACCAGUGCUUCGUCUGGAAGCUCACUGUGAUGUCACCUGGUAUGGUGAUGAAAUAUCUGAAAAAGAACCUUCCAGCUCAGUGAGCAAACCUACAUCCAGAACCUCAACCUGAGCUACAAACCUUCUCAAAACUUGCUAUUGUAGGGGGGUGUUGCUGUCUUCUCCUGCCAGCCACUGCAAGGAACUCUGAUUUCUGUCAAUUGAAACUGUGGUAGAGGUUGUAGAUUUUUUUUUCUCUAAUCAACUUGUUCAGGGACGUUAUGACAGACCUCUGGAGGAGGUGGGAUUAACCUAAGCCUCUUAGCCAUUGCAUCACCAGAGCUCUUGGUGCAGACUCUCCAUGCCCUUUCCAGGCAGAGAGAACAGAUGUCUGCUUCCUAGCUUCCUAAAUCCAGUGCAUUUUAGCAUCUAGAUACAUGUUGAAUGAUGAAAUGGUUUUACUAUGACAAGGCUAUAUGGGGGAUUAUCCAUAGAAUUAUCGUAAGGUAUUCUAUUCAGUUGUAUACAUUGCAUUUUUUUUUAAACAAUCACCUGUUUGCUAUUUAGUAAUGGUGCUACACUUCAUGUAGGGAGUCCAAGUUGCUGUGACAACAUGCAUGUUGUCAGUGCCAGUAGAAGCUGGAACAUUUUUCCAUCACACAGUUGAUGCUCUUGCCUCCUGCCAUUGAUUUGUUGGAAGGGUUUUGAAGUAGAUAGUCUGUUUUGCCCAUGUUAUGAACAUGCCUUCCUUGGCCAUUAAGUCUGGACAUUAGCUCAAGCCCAGGGAACUUGCUGCUGAGAGGAAGCGAUACUGCCUAUUGUGCCCCAAGACCUCGUAUUUAACUUCAUUUAGUUUUCAUUAAUGCAAUCUUGCCACCUGGUCUUAACUUUUUCUAUCAAUAACUAACAUUUUUGCAGCUAACCAGUCAAAAAUCAUUUAUGCUUCACUCAAAUUUCUCAUCAAGUCCUUUUGAGAAAUAGUGCACCUUAACCCCAAGCUCCAGAAACUCUUAAAAAUAAUAGUCAUUUACUCAAACUUCAAAAUUAAUUGUGCUUGCGUUUUCCAUAAGCCAAUCCACCUCAUCGAAUCCAACCAAUGAAUUUUGUUGAGUACUUUGCAUCAUUUGUUCUACAAUUGUUUACUUCUUGGAGCCUCAAAACUGGAACUUGUCACUUCUCAGACUUUAAUUUUGCAUGUAACCAUUAGAGAGCAUAUGACCAGGAGUGUGUCCUUUAAGUUUCUCAAGCCUUUCUCCACCAUUCAGUUUGCACUGAAGCUGAUCUGUACCUUGACAAUAUUUACCCCCUUGGUUCCAUAUUCCUUAGUACUCUUAGCGAACAAAAAUCAAUCAAUCUGAGUUUUGAAAACUUUAAUUGAUCUAUCCUCAAUAGCAAUUUGAGGGAAGGGUGUUCUAGAUUUUCACUACAUUAAGUAUGAAGAAGCUUUUCCUGAUAUCGCAGAACUCCGAUUCAUAGGUAAUGACCAUUUAUCCUUGAUCUCUCUCGGUCAAACUUUUAAAAUCCAAUUAUCGCAGUUAUAUUCCCCCUUGCCUUAAAAAAAUCAUAGAAUCCCUACAGUGUGGAAACAAGCCAUUCGGCCCUACAAGUCCACAGUGACCCACCGAGGAAUAACCCACCAAGACCCAUUCCCCUACUAUUCUACAUUCACCCAAAGCUAAUGCACCUUACCUACACAUCACUGAACACUAUGGGCAAUAUUAGCAUGGCUAAUUCACCUAACCUGCAUGUUUUUGGACUGUGGGAGGAAACCAGAGCACCUGGAGGAAACCCACGCAGACUUGGGCAGAAUGUGCAAACUCCACACAGACAGUCACCUGAGACUGGAAUCAAACCUAACCAUGCUGGCCUAUUGCAGGUGUGGUGCUUACUUGAAUUAUGGACCUAUACUUGGAUGUCUUAGUGUUGUACAGCAUAAGUGAAAAUCACUGGGGACACAAUUACUAAAAGGUUUACUUGGACAGCCUUGUCUAGAAAAGGGUUUUGGGUGUAUUGGAAUGAAUUGUUCUUGUGUAAAAGAAAAUGGCAUGGGUGUGAUUUAAAUUGCAGGUUAUGAUUUGUGUCUGAGAAAGCUAUGCUUGGAAUUUAUCAACAACAUACAAGUGAACUUUAUUCACUUACCAGGAGGGUUCCCACACAAUGGAUGUUGGCAGACGAGUGAACUGUGGAUAUUUGCACACAAACAGUGGUUGCACAGAACUACAAGAGGGUUGCCAGUGUCUGUGGGACAGUGCUAUAACUUGUUGCCACCUCAAGAGAAACACAGUAAGUUGAAUCGGGGAAAGCUUUGUCGGAAGAAUUCCAACUGAAGGUCAAUGAAGUGCUGCAACCCAAAGAAAACCGACAAAGCCUUUUAAGUGAAGUCGCUUGUAGAUUGAGAUAAGAUGAUGAUAAUUAGUCCAUCUUCAGAAAUGUCAUAAAAUUUUAAUUUAUAAAAUUUGAAAAGUUAAUUCAUUGGAAACCCUAUGUCAUAUCACUCUUGCAUACUUUGCUAUGUCCCCAUUUUCUGUUGUAGUUACAAAUUAAAAGGCAUGAAUGCCAAUUUCAGUGAAGCCCAUACUGGAGGGAAGCUUUCAUGUGAUGAGUGAUGAUAUUGCAAACACGUAUGCAGUUUCACUGCAAAUUUAGUAAAUGGAGAUAAUCUUGAUAAGCUUAAUAACAACCAAAAGAACUGCGGAUGCUGCAAAUCAGAGAUAAAAAUAGAAAUUGCUGGAAAAGCUCAACAGGUCUGACAGCCCCUGUGGAGAGAAAUCGGAGUUAACAUUUUGGGUUAAGUGACCUUUCCUUAGAACAAGUUCUGACGAAGGGUCAUUCAACCCGAAAUGUUAACUCUGCAGGUGCUGCCAGAGCUUUCUCAGCAAUUUCUGUUUUUGAAGCUUGAUCGGCCUUUAUGGUUCCACCUUUAUGCUCGUGUUGUUCGGUAUUGGACAAUAAACUGGCUGCUGAGGCUAAUCAUUUACCAAAGCAGAUUGAAAUUACUAAUCUGAGCCCUACCUACAUGGAACGUUGCUAUCAAGUGAUUGGCUUAGAAUAUCCUCACUUAUUAAGUUUGCCUUUGUAGCAUGCCUCCACUUCUGAGUCAUCUUUUGGUUUGGCUUUCCUAACGUCCUUUAAUGUGGGGUAGAUACACAAAUUGUAUAGAUAGCCCUGGAUACAUGGGUUUAAUCCAAAUCUUUAUUAUUAGGAUCUGUAUAAUGAAUAUGCAAGUGAUUUUAACCAAGCAGCAUAGAACAAAGUAAUGGUACACUGUAAAUGUUGUAAAAAUGUCUGAUAAUGUGAAUAGUGCUUGUAGAGUCUAUAUUUUCCUUGCUGUCUAGUUUUUUUCACAGUAAAGGUAACUGUCAGAAAUUUUGUUCACUAGUAGGCUAUCAAAUUCAGCAUCGCCAGAAGAUCUUGUAGAUAAUCUUCAAGAACACAAUUUAAUUUAGACUGAAGCAGUUUUUCUUUAAAAUAAUUUUUCCUGCCACUGACUUUGUUCCUGAACAUUUUACUGUGCACACAGCAAAGAAGUUCAAUGCGGUCAUUGCAAGCUGCUUCCCAGUAAACACACAUCUGUCAUGGUGUUUGCUUUUUUUUUGAACGAAGAGAUCACGUAAAUGCAACAUAACACUGUGUAUAUUUUUAUUUCAAUAAAUUAGUAGAUCUGAUCUAAUCUUUUUGAUUAGGGUGUUGCAAUGGCUGGGUGU